AUGACACCACCUCCACUUCCACAUCCAACUCCACCACUUGCACCAACACAUUCACUAUCUCCACAACCACUACCACCGCCACCACCACCACCACCACAUCCUCCUCCUCCUCAUCCUCCACCAACACCACCACAACCACCACCUCCACCGCCACCUUCUCCACCUCCACCCCCACCACCACCACCACCACCACCACCACCACGACGCUGCACUGCCAUCACCACCUCUUCCACAACCGCCAUCCCCACCACUACCAUUACCACAACCACCAGCACCACCUCCACUCCAUCACCACCACUACCACCACAUGAUUAG